UUAUGCGGAAUGUUGGGCCGGAGAUAGGAUCAGAGGGGAGGGAUAACAAGUCAACACUCACGCUUACUCUGAGAAACAGACCAGUUGCCAGAGUCACGGGCUUCGCGAGACUCAGACUGCUGUCGCAGGCGCGCUGGGCUCUGGUCGGGAGACAAGUUGCUCGUGAGGGAUGCUAUCGAAGGCAGUGCCUGAGACAGGCUUGACGGGUGCUGAGGGCCUCAUUAGUAGACGUCCGACGGUGUAGCUGCUGACUUUGCCGAGUCCAGCCGCGCGGGCAGGCACGUGUGCACGUGUGGUCGGGUGCCCAAUUUAUCGCCCACGUUGUCCCAAUGUCGAAUGUGGGCGUUGAGGAGGCAGUGGGCAAAUGUGGGGAUAAGGAAAUAUAUAAACGCACCUGUGAUCGUUGUUGUUGUUGUUGUUCCAUGACGGCAGACGCAGCGCGCUGGUCGUGCACUUUGCACUACGGCGGUCUAACAGGAAUCUCAGGCGAGCUGGAGGUUCGGAGGGUGAUGCAGAGAGCGCCAGUCGAAGGGCGGACCAAUGAAGAGCGCGCAAUCGGACAGCCUUUCCGACGUAUGGUGAUGUGCUGUGCGGAGUGUCGGCGGCAGCGGGUGCAGCAGGAGAGCGAAUUGGCAGAGGGCGGGAGCAGAGAGCAGUGGAGCAAGAGUGAAGGAGGGCGAGCGGGGGCAGAUACACAGCAGGCAGUGACGGCGCACGGGAUGGAGGAUGUCCUUUCUGGGAGUCUACUCUUGCGCGAGGCGGGGCAGCAACGACUGACGGGCGCGUUACCAAGCAGCGCUCGAUUUCAGGGAGCAGGCGCAGACAGCGUCCUGCGAGCCGGAUACCAGGAAUCCAGUCACUGCGCGGCGUGGGCGCUCGCAGUGCUGGGUGGUGCUCCUCGGGCGCGCAGCAGCAGCAACAGCAACACCACGCCAAAGCAGAGAUAGCCGCGUCGCCUCACACGUCGACCAUGGACUUGCCGGCGCGCACGCGGCGAAAGGGGACGUGGCUGCAGCAGGCUCGGGCGGCGUGCUGCGGAGGACUUGAAUGGCAGCUGUGGCGGCGCACGGCGUUGGGAUGGCUGGAUCUGAUCUGGGGGGUCCGCGAUGAGAGCUGGGGCAGGACUCGAGGGCUGCAACGAGUGGUUGAGCAGUGGCGUCGUGUGCCCGUCGCACGGCCAGAAAGGUCGUCGUCACAGGAAGACGAGG